AUAAACGUGUCUCCCGCGUCGACUGUCUCUUCCAUUUAAACCGUCUCCUCCUGCGCGCGCAUGUCGCGGAUCCCGGUGCCGAGCAGUUCUUCGCAGAGGCACCUCAGUUCGUCGCCUAUCCCAGACCGCUCGUCGUCGCCAGUCCCCGGCGCGCGUCCAACCCACUCCUCCAACCGCUCGACCUCCGUAUCCAUGUCCUCGCUCUCCUUCCCCGGCGGCGGCUCCGCGUCCGACACGCGCAAGAAACAGAGCCGUCGUGAUGAGGCCAUUCGCAAGAAAAUCGAGUCCGAGUUGUCGCGAAAGCGCACGAUCUCGACGACGCACCAGCAGUCAAAGAGCACCUCGAAGCGCAAGCAGCGCUCCGCGCCCAAGGGCACGGUCGCCGCGCUCAAGCCGUCGCCCGCGCUGACCGUCCCGGAGAACAUCACGGUCGCGGAGGCGAGCCAGCUGUGCGCGGCCAAGCGUACUGACUGCGUGCUCGUAGUCGACGAUGAGGAGGGCCUGAGUGGUAUCUUCACCGCCAAGGACCUGGCGUACCGCGUCACCGCGGAGGGACUCGACCCGCACACCACGCCCGUGCACGCCAUCAUGACGCGCAACCCGAUGGUCACCCGCGACACAACCAGCGCGACCGAGGCGCUCGAGCUCAUGGUCACUCGUCACUUCCGCCACCUCCCCGUGUGCAACGAGGACGGGAAUGUCGUCGGGCUGCUCGAUAUUGCUAAAGUCUUCCAGGAGGCGCUUGGCAAGGUCGAACGUAGCUCGACCGCAUCGGAGCAGCUCAUGAGCGCCAUGGCGGGCGUGCAGUCUGAGAUGGGGAACAUCGGGCACAACCCGCAGGCGGCGGCGAUGCUGGCGUGGGUGGAGAAGUUGCGCGAGAAGACGGCGCUGCCGGACCUGACGACGCUCAUGGACGCGCGUACGCUGCCCGCGACGGUCGGCCCGAAGACGACUGUCCGCGACGCGGCGCGUCUGAUGAAGGAGCACCGCACGACCGCGGUUUGUGUCAUGGAGGGCCUGCCCGCGUCGCCUGGGAUGCACCCCAACUCCGCCAAAAUUGCGGGUAUCUUCACCAGCAAGGACGUCGUCCUUCGCGUCGUCGCGGCCGGCCUGGAUGCCGGUCGUUGCAGCGUUGUGCGCGUUAUGACGCCUCAUCCGGAUACGGCUCCGCCGAACAUGAGCAUUCACGACGCGCUCAAGAAGAUGCAUACCGGUCACUAUCUCAACCUCCCUGUCGUGGAGGCAGACGGUACCUUGGUCGCGAUCAUCGACGUCCUGACGUUGACCUACGCGACUCUGGAGCAGAUGAACGCAGUCAGCCAAGAAGCUGCGCCUGCUGCCGAUAAUGAAGGUGGGCCGAUGUGGGGUCGCUUCUUCGACUCUAUCGGCAAUGAAGAUACGGAAUCGUACAUUUCUGGCUCGCACGGGAUGCCCGAGUUCGGUUCCAUGCGCUCGCUCUCCCAGAUUCAGCAGUCGCCCCAUUCCGAGGUUCACCCCAACGACUCGGCGUCCGUCAUGGACGAUGCUCCCUCACAGAUCUCCGGCUACAACCGCCACGGUGCCGCCGCCCCGCCCCCGGAGCUUCCUGUCGACGAUGGCACGUACGUGUUCAAGUUCCGCACGCCGUCUGGCCGUACGCACCGCUUCCAGUCGCGCCACGACGAUGUCGAGCAUCUGCGCGAGAUUGUCAUGGGCAAGCUCGCGACGGAUCCUUUCUUCACGGAAUACCGCCCCGAGGACGGCGGCCCGCGUCCCGACCCGAUCGACUUUGUCCUGUCUUACACGGACGCGGACGGGGACACGGUACUCAUCACGAGCGACCACGACGUCGCCGAGGCCGUGAAGAUUGCGCGCGAGACUGGCGAGGAUCGUGUUGUGCUGUUUGUCCAGGGCGGCAAGGGCUGGGAGCGCGCUGCUCCGGCUGCUGAGGCAAAGGCUGCCGAGGUCGCCGAGGCCGCGCACAAGGCGAAGAGUGAGGUUGAGCACUCGGAGAAGGUGGGCGCCGAAGCGCCGCCGCACCACACGCCGGCGCAUCGCGGGAAGUACGACGAUGUGGACGAGGUGAUGGGUAUACCGAGGGACCUGCUGCUGCCGGCGAGUAUUGGUGCGCUGGCUGUGGUCAUCGUUGGGAUCUUCACGAUCUCGCGCCUGACGCAGCCCAGCUACUAAGCAGUUUACGGAAGUGGUGGUGAGGGAGGAACGAUGUUGAAUAAUGCGUCGAGUCGAGCCGAUGCCGUUCACUAUGCUAAUUCCUAUAUCUUGGAUGCCGAUAUCUAUUGGAAUGUUUACGACCCUUUCACGAAGCCCUUUUUCCAGUAGAUAUCCUAUCUAAUUCGUUCGUCUCUGGACAGCGUUGCCGUGCCGUACAUGUACACGCCUCUACUCAGCUAGUACCGUGAAAGUCAGUCGUUCUCUGCU